UGUAAGGAAGUAACAAGGAACGAAAGUGUCGUCAAAAUUCAGGAGACAACACUGAGGUCUUCCUUAUUUUCUAGUUUAGGAUUUCAUCCGCUUCAGUUAAGCACGGUGUGAACUGUGACAUUAUAGUUUUACCUGUGCCGUACAUAUCAGUGUAUCGCGUUUUGGUCGCUGUAAUGCAGGUGAACGAGGUUUAUUAGUACUUCAGCCGUUGAAAGUUCUGGGUGGAAAGCACAGGAGGGGUUUUUUUUGUUGUUGUUGUUGUUUUUUUUUCUUCUUCAUAUUGGAUAUGUGACGCCGCUUUGGAACACAGCAAAAGUGUUUUAAAACAGAUGAUACCUAUCAUGCUGUAUUGUGCAGUGUGGUAUGCUGGUGUAUGUCUACUGUAUGUGUUUGAAGAAUGAAUGUCACGAACGGCAAGGGGACAACCAGCCAGGAUCAAACAGUCUGCACUUUACAAAUCUACCCCAGGUUUUCUGUCAAACUUGGACAAUGCUGCAUUCUCAGGGUCCCAAAAGAGGCGACAGCAGCCACUGUCAUCAAGACCGCUCUCACCACACUUGGCUUGGACACAUCCAAGCCUUACGUCCUUGUGGAGGUCCAGGAGUACGGGGGAGAGGAGUGGAUCCUUCAAGCCAGUGAUCUGCCCGUUCAUAGAGUCCUCCUCUGGCCUAGAAAGGCCCAAGACCAGCACCCUCAAAGUGAUGGAUACUUUUUUGCCCUUCAGGAGGGAAGCCAUGAUGGAUCCAUCCAGUACGACGUUAUGCCGUCUGUCCAACGGGAAAAAGUGGCUCAGGGACUUGUGACUAGGGGCUUUCUUGCACCACAGCCUCAGGAAUAUGAUGAUUUAUGUAACCUCCCUGAGCUCACUGAGGACAACAUCUUGGAGACCCUACGCUAUCGCUUCCACAAGCAGAAGAUCUAUACCUAUGCAAGCAACAUUCUUAUCGCCGUCAAUCCCUUCAAGUUUCUACCUAUCUACAAUCCUAAAUAUGUCAAGAUGUAUGAGAACCGUACACUGGGCAAGCUAGAACCUCACGUCUUUGCCAUUGCGGAUGCUGCCUUCCACACUAUGCUGAACAAACGGGUCAACCAGUGCAUCGUCAUAUCUGGGGAGAGUGGUUCUGGCAAAACACAAAGCACCAAUUUCCUUAUCCACUGCUUGACUGCCCUUAGUCAGAAGGGUUAUACUAGUGGAGUGGAGAGAACCAUCCUGGGGGCAGGCCCUGUUUUAGAGGCCUUUGGCAAUGCUAAAACAGCCUAUAACAACAACUCGAGCCGCUUUGGGAAGUUCAUUCAAGUGAAUUAUCUGGAGAGUGGUGUUGUGAGAGGGGCUGUUGUUGAGAAGUACCUACUAGAGAAAUGCCGUCUGGUGUCCAGAGGAAAAACUGAAAGGAAUUAUCAUGUUUUUUACUAUCUAUUGAUUGGAGCCUCAGAAGAGGAGAGAGAUGAAUUCAAGCUCCUGCUGCCUGAAGACUUCCACUACCUUAAACAAGAAAACCCAUUUUUGGAGGAUCAAGCAGAGAUGAAACAUGAGUUCAAGAGGCUUCAUCAGGCCAUGGAGAUGGUCGGUUUUCUACCUCCUACCAAAAAACAGAUUUUCUCUGUGCUCUCUGCCAUUCUAUACCUGGGGAAUGUGACAUAUGAGCCAAAAGAUGUUGGGGAGGGACUAAAAGUGGGGCCAGAUCAUGUCCUCUCAGCUCUCUCUGAUCUUCUCAAGGUUAAAGUAGAGCUGCUUGUGGAAGCACUGACUACAAGGAAAGCAAUGACUGCUAAUGACACGCUGAUCCUGCCUUACAGCCUCAAUGAGGCCAUCACUGCUAGAGACUCUAUGGCCAAAUCUCUUUACAGUGCCCUGUUCGACUGGAUUGUUCUACGAAUAAAUCACGCUCUACUCAACAAGAGAGACUUGGAGGAGUCUGUCCCGUGCUUAUCCAUUGGAGUCCUGGACAUAUUUGGAUUUGAAGAUUUCAAGACAAACAGCUUCGAACAGUUCUGCAUUAAUUAUGCUAAUGAGCAACUACAGUAUUACUGCAAUCAGCGCAUAUUUACACUCGAACAAGAGGAGUACAUGGCAGAGGGCAUUACAUGGCAUACUGUUGACUGUCCAGACAACAUUGGCUGCAUCAGUCUCUUUAGCAAGAAACCCACUGGACUCUUUUAUCUGCUUGAUGAGGAGAGCAAUUUCCCUCAUGCCACAGAUAGCACUCUACUGGAGAAGUUUAAGCAGCAGCAUCAGGACAAUCCAUUCUUUGUGCAGACUCCAGUGCGGGAGCCUGCUUUUGUUAUUCAGCAUUUUGCUGGCAAGGUCAAAUACCAGAUAAAGGACUUCAGGGAGAAGAACACAGACCACAUGAGGCCGGAUAUUGUUGCGUUGCUGCAUAGUAGUGAGUGCAGUUACCUGAGGCAGCUAAUCGGGGCUAAUCCAGUGGCUGUGUUCAGAUGGGGAAUCCUCAGGGCCACUAUACGCACACUGGCUGUGUUCAACGAGGCUGGCCGACGUUGGGCAGAAAAGCAUCCAGAUCAGGUCAGGCGCUACUCCAGACGCUCUCUGGGAGAACUGAAGAGUCCCAGCACUGUGGUAAAGAGACAGAUAUCUAUGAUUGACUUUUCCUUUGAUCGGUCUGAAGAGGGACCACUUGAAGCAUUUGAGGACAUCUUUGCUUCAUUUGAAAAUAAGAAGGAAUUGCAUGCCAAAGUCAUCCACACCAUUAAGCAGUAUGGUGGUGAAGUUCCUCUCAAGUUGCGUCUGUCCACAGUUUCUAUGAGGAAGUCCCGUAUAUUCUCUCAGAAGAACAGGCCAAACAGACACAAGCAGCUAAUUCCUAAGAAUCUCAUAGAUUCACGAUCUCUGAAACUCAUAAUGGGCCUUACGCAGCACAACCGUGCAACCAGGUCUCUGCUCCAUCUACACACUAAAAAGAAACCUCCGAGCAUCAGCGCUCAGUUCCAGGCAUCUCUAAACAAGCUGCUGGAAACCCUGAGGAAGGCAGAACCGUUCUUUGUUCGCUGCAUCAGAUCUAAUGGAGAUAAGAGGGAAAUGCACUUUGAUGAUUCUCUAGUCCUUCAGCAGCUGAGGUACACAGGCAUGUUACAAACAGUUCGGAUAAGGAGGUCUGGGUAUGGAGCUAAAUUUACUUUCAAGGAAUUUACAGAUCAGUUCAGAGUGCUGCUGCCUAAGGAAAUAUCAACACCUCAAGAAGAAAUCGCUAACUUGCUGAGGAAAAUGGGAUUACCCAGAACCAGUUUUCAGAUUGGCCGAACCAAGCUGUUCUUGAAAGAGGCAGAAAGGCAAAAACUCCAGGAAACCCUUCAUAAGGAAGUGAUGCAGCACAUCAUCACCCUGCAGAGAUGGUUCCGUGCAUGUUUGACUAGGAAGCACUAUUUGCGCGAAAGGGAAGGAAUUAUAACCAUACAGCGAUCUUGGCGUAGUUUCCGUGAGUUGAACCGAUGCAGGGCUGCUGCUGUGAUCCAGAUGGCAUGGCGAAGGUCCAAGCAAAGAGAGGUCUACCUGAAGCAGAGAGAAAAACUCAAAGAGCAGACGUACGUCCAAGUUACUCCACAUUUCUUUGGAGGUCAGUUAGAAAAGGGCCAUUUGAACAAGGAGGAAAGGAUGGAGGAGAAGAAGAUGGAGCCAAAGCCAAGUCCCCUCUUAAGUCUGACAAAGCCCCUACCUCCACUUCCUGAAUAUCGACCUGCAGAGGGACAGAAGACAAAGGAAAUGAGCCCACAGUUAAGCACCGAGACCAAGUCUAAGGUCACAAUACAGCCUACUCCUUGUAGCGUAGAGAAACCCAAAGUCAAUGGUAAGGACCAAAUUAAGCCAUCUCCUGCAGCCCUCCCUCGGCCUGUCUCGCUUCCAGUGAACAUGAGCCAGAGUGGCUCUGAUGAGGUUCACAAUACUGUAAACCUACAGCGCGAGAAUAAGGCAACCAGGUUGAGGGAGAAUUGGAAAGAGAGAAAAAGUGAAGCGGCACUCAUGGACCAAAUCAGUCCUGAGCUCAUGCAAAUUCAAACCAAGAGGACAGUGGGUUUACGGGAAUGUGGCAUCUCUCAGUCCCUGGAUAAUGUGUCCAGGAUGAGCUCUUCAGAGACGGACAGCUCCUUAUCAUCUAAAAAUGAGAUCCAGUCACCUGCGGAAACUCAUGUGUCAGUGAGUUGCAUAGGAAAGAGAACAAGUGAGGAGAGACCUGCACCGUCCAUCAUACCAGAGAGGCGGGGAAUCCUAAAACUUUUUAAGAAGCGUCUGACGCCCCAGGAUGGAAAUAUUACCAUGGCAAAAACAUUGGCAGAAGGAUGUGAGCUAGCCAGUGGCUCUCACUCUUCUUCACGUGCCAAAAGCUCAGCCACUUUUCCUGGAGCCCGUCGCAACCCCACCAUUAAAAUCAGCAGGGCUACUCGUGUCCAGGAGCAAUGGAACGCAUCACUGGACCGAGAGAUCACUGACACUAAUGAACUCCGCCACCUGGAUGAGUUCUUGGGCAAUCAGAUGAAUGAUCUAAGCACCCGCACAAAAGAACUAUCCGAGACUGAAAAAAUCUUCUUCACAGCCACCACGCAGUUCAGAGACACCAUCAAAAGCAUGUACUCCAUCUCAAAUCCAAAUAUUGGCUAUAAAACCCUGAUGACAGGCUACCAGACGAAGGUAUCCUAUCUGGCAGGGCUGAAGAAAGCGUGUGAGGUGCCACUGGUGGUAAACCUUUUCCAGUCAGUUCUGGAUGGAUUUAUCAGGGGAGAGCUCAAACGACUGGAGGCAGAGCCUUGUAAGAUUAAGGAAAGGAAUCGAAGAAAAUCUAAAAGAGAUUUAUGUCCUGACAGCCCACUGAGUCACUUAUUUAGCACAUACCAGGUGACCAUUAUGCAAUCAUGUGACCAGUGCAACUCGUUCAUAUGGGGCAUGGAAAAGGCCUUCAUGUGCAGCUCUUGUAAAAUGGUGUGUCACAAAAAGUGUCUUAGCAAGAUAAUAAUAUAUUGCACAGCUCACUGUGCCAAGAAGAAAGAGGGUGAGCAUCACCACACUCUCCACUUUGGUGUUCCUGUGUGCGUCCUUGCCCGCACAGCUGACUGUGUGCCUUUUGUCCUGGAGAAGAUGCUAGUACAUGUUGAAAUGAAGGGACUGUACAUGGAGGGCAUCUACCGCAAGUCAGGCUCAGCUUGCAGAGCCAAAGAGCUUCACCAUAUACUCGAGAAAGAUCCCCAGACUGUCUGCCUUGAUAAUUAUCCCAUCCACACCAUCACCGGCCUGGUCAAACAGUGGCUACGGGAACUACCCGACCCACUCAUGACAUACAGCCUCUAUAAUGACUUCCUGUAUGCUGCUGAUUUGCCUGAAGAGUCCGAGCGGUUGCGUGCUAUCUACCGAAAGUUAGAUGAACUACCUGGCCCAAACUUCUCUACUCUUGAAAGGAUUAUUUUUCAUCUUGUGAAAGUGGCAAAAGAGGAAGCUCAAAAUCGGAUGUCAGCUAACGCCCUGGCAAUAGUGUUUGCACCCUGCAUACUACGCUGCCCAGAUUCUUCAGACCCUUUCCUCAGUAUGAAAGAUAUAAACAAGACCACUCUCUGUGUGGAGAUUCUGAUUAAUGAGCAAACAAGACGUUUCAAUCAGAAAAUGGGAGAAAUCCAGCAGUUGGAAAAUGCAGAGGCUAUGGCAGUUAAACAGCUCAAGCUCAGGAGACAGAACACUAUAUCUGAGCAGCCGAAAUUGGAUUCAAGUGCCUCUUCAAUGGACAGCACUGAUAUAGAAAAUAACCUUCUUGAGCGGAUCAAGUCUAUUAAGAAGGAAAAGAAUGAUUUGGCCAGCAGACUGCCCGAGCUUGACCAGGAUAGCUCUGAUGCAGAGAACAUGGACUCUGAGUCAUUAGUCAGCUCUGAGAGUCUUCUAGAAGAUCAUUUUGUGGGUUUGGACACAGAAGUGAGCACUUUAAAAAGCCCCAGGCCAGAGGAACCUGCUAAACCCCCUAAUCCAGCACCUCAUCCCAGAACAGAAAGCAGACAGUCUACUGAAGACCAGAACCAAAAAUGUUCUGUCACCCGUCGAGAUGUGCAGUCCAUGUGUGUCAUCCAGAGCCAAGAUGUCCCCAAAUCCCUUACCACCUCCUCCUCCUCUGCAUGCAACAAGGGCAAAAGACGAUUUUCUGACCUUGACAUCCCUUUCAUAGAUGAGGAAGUCUAACAUUACGGAACACCAAAAAGAGCAUAUUCUAAAAUCUAUGCAGAUAUUUGUGUUUCCUAUAACCUUUCAAGCAAAAGUCAGUAUCCCAUUUUCAACAAUGUCAACACUCAGUUUGUUUAGAGGAAUAAAUCAAAUGCUGCGUUAAUUAAUUCUGUCUCAGAACUCAUGUUGCCCUGUUGUUUAAAAAAUACAUUUGAAAAACAAAACUAAGAAUUUACUAAAGCCAUUGUUUCUUUGUGUGAUGUUUUGCUAGGAUUAUUUAAAAUAUAUAAUCUUAAAAUAUUUUAACAAAGGCUUUUUUUAUUCUCAAGGUUUUUAUAUAUAUAUAUAUAUAUAUAUAUAUAUAUUUGGCUAAUUCAACUUUUAUGGACCAAAUUAUCUGGACCCAUACUAUUAUAUAUUCAGCAUGGUUCAGAGGGAGUGAGUGAGACAGAUUUGUAUUCUUUUCACAAAACAGAAACUUUAAAGAGAUAACAUGCAUUUCCUCAUCAUUAAAGCAUCUUUCCCUUCAUAGUAUGGUCAAAUAUAUGUGGUGUAAAUACACAUCUGUUUGAAAACCUGUUUACUCUAUGAAAUCAAAUCUGAUUAGUGUGUGGUAUUCUUAUAAUGUGACUCAUCUUUAUUUUAUAUUGUAAAAACUUGUUUAUUUUGAUGAGAUAGGAGGUUAAAAAUAAUGUGAUUGAUGUUCUUGCAUGCUUGUUUAAAGUGUACUGUGAAGCUGCUGUAAGCUAUGUUGUUUAAGGUUUUUUUUUUUCUUUUCUUUUUUUUUUAAGAGGAAUCAGUAGGAACAUGUUAAUGUCAUAAACACAGAUGUUUUACAUACUAAGGGUGGUUUAGAUAUAUUCCACUGCAAAGAGGAGAAUUGGUUACAACAGGUGCAUUAAAAGUGAUGACUACUGAGUUAAUGUUGUAGUGAGCAGCUUAAAUUAGAACACACAUUUAGUCUAAAAACUCUGUAAAUCUUAACUGAUCUAAUUGCAAGUUUAAAUCAAAUGAUUUCAAUUUUGUUGUCAUCAUGUAAGAUCCAAUAUAAAGUUCCAGCAAAGUGA